AUGAAAGAUUGUUGUAGUAAAUCUCAACUAGUCAAACACAAGCUUCAUCCUGAAAAACGUUUUCACAAGGAAAUUAGAUUAUCUCAUCACAACUUUUGUCAGUUGAUGAAAAAUUUGAAAUCUCUGGGGAUUGAAAAUAAUCAGAAGUGUGUAGACAGUUCUACUUAUAAGAAGAUUUAA